AUGUCGCGCAUGAAAUCCCACGGUUCCAAGCAAGGCAAGGAUGGUAGCAAGGUGACGACUGUAGUGGCAACUCCUGGCCAAGGCCCUGACCGGCCACAGGAGGUGUCAUAUACUGACACCAAGGUUAUCGGCAAUGGCAGCUUUGGCGUUGUGUACCAGGCAAAAUUAUGUGACACAGGCGAGCUGGUUGCAAUCAAGAAAGUCUUACAGGACAAGAGGUUCAAGAACCGAGAAUUGCAGAUUAUGCGGCGCUUAGAACAUUGUAAUAUAGUGAAACUCAAGUACUUCUUCUACUCCAGUGGGGAUAAGAAGGAUGAGGUGUACUUGAAUCUUGUGCUGGAGUACAUCCCAGAGACUGUGUACAAAGUUGCUAGACAUUACAGUAAAUCUAAGCAGACUAUACCUAUUAGUUUUAUAAAGUUGUACAUGUACCAGCUGUUUCGGAGCCUGGCUUACAUCCACUCAUUGGGUAUUUGUCACCGGGACAUCAAGCCUCAAAACCUCCUCCUAGACCCUGAGACUGGAGUGCUGAAGCUCUGUGAUUUUGGCAGUGCCAAGCAUCUGGUGAAAGGCGAACCUAAUGUAUCAUACAUCUGCUCUCGGUACUACCGAGCUCCUGAGCUCAUCUUUGGAGCUAUAGAUUACACUACCAAGAUAGAUGUAUGGAGUGCUGGAUGUGUGCUAGCUGAACUAUUACUGGGUCAACCUAUCUUCCCUGGCGACUCUGGUGUUGACCAGCUGGUGGAGAUCAUUAAAGUGCUGGGUACACCCACCCGUGAACAAAUUCGGGAGAUGAAUCCCAAUUACACCGAAUUCAAGUUCCCUCAAAUCAAGUCCCAUCCUUGGCAAAAGGUUUUCCGUGCUCGCACGCCCCCUGAAGCCAUUGAUCUGGUGUCGCGAUUGCUGGAGUACACCCCUUCAUCGCGUAUUUCCCCUCUGCAAGCUUGUGCGCAUACAUUCUUUGAUGAACUGCGUGAAGCCAACACACGACUGCCCAAUGGCCGUGACCUUCCACCAUUAUUCAACUUCACAGAGCAUGUGGUACCUCAAGUGAUUUUGAACUGUAUUAUUACAAGAAGCAAAAAAGCAGUGGAGAUUGCUGUUAAUUUAAUAUCUUCCUGUGAUGGGACACAGUCAGAUUACUUUAAACAGUGA